AUGUCUCUGUUUCACUUCAAACACUCCUCAAGCUUUUUACCAAAUUUCAUUGCUGCCUUUCCUACUUUACCAUUUAAGCAAGGCUGUAUAUUGCUGAAUAUUUUACGAAAGCAACAAGCUCGCUUUUCUUCCAGUAAAAGAAUUUUCUUUUCACAGAAUCAACAACGGAAAACGUACCUUUUUCCAACGCAUUUCUCUACUCGUAUUUCCGUUCCUUCUAUCCGCAGCCAUUACACCACCAUGAGUCAAGAACAAGAGCCCAAAGUCUUAGAUGUCAGUGACCUCGAAAGCAAAGAUGCAAAAUGGACUAGUUUAAAAAAGAUUACCUGGCAAGACCAGAGUGGUAAAACCAGGGCUUGGGAAAUGGCUGAACGUACUACCCGAUCCAAGAGUGGUAUAGAUGCUGUUGCCAUUUUAGGUAUUAUCCCAAUUGAUGGCGAGCCUCACGUUUUGUGCCAAAAGCAAUACCGCCCUCCACUAAGCAAGACCUGUAUCGAGAUCCCAGCAGGACUCGUAGAUUCGGACGAAUCUCCCGAAGAAAGUGCUGUUCGUGAGCUUCGUGAAGAAACUGGUUUCGUUGGAACGGUCAAAGAAGCCACAACUGUCAUGUAUAAUGAUCCCGGCUUAACCAACGCCAACUUGAAGAUUAUACUCGUUGACAUUGACAUGUCUAACCCUGAAAACCAAAAUCCACAACAACAGCUGGACCAAGGAGAGUACAUAAGCAACUUCCCUAUCAAGUUAUCUUCUCUUCAGAAUGAAUUAUUUUCUCUCGAGAAGCAAGGAUUCGCUGUGGACGUUCGUCUCUCAACAUUUGCCUUGGGAAUGCAGGCUGCUUUCAAGUACUUGGUGAAUUAA